AUGCUGGUGGCCAUCAUCGACAGCGCGCUGCGUGACAGCAACUCCCUGACUAGCAGAUACAAGGCCCAGGCCCUGAUGAGAUUCCUCAAGAAGGAAGGGCAUCCGAAGCUGAUACUAAUUGGCUGGCGAGAAAUCGAGCUUGUCUUCCUCCAUCAACACCCUUUGCACCAGCUGACCUCUGUCGAGGAGUCCCGUGAAAAGCUGAAGGCAGCUGCAGACAGGCAGAAGAGCAUUCUGCUGGAGCUGGUUCCAGACAAACCCGAGUUGACGGACAAAGUCAUCGCCAACAUCGACAAGGACCAGGAAGCCGUGGAGGCCAUGGCCUUGGCCGCCUCACAGAUGAGAGGAGUGCCCCCUCAGAUGAUGGAGCUGGUAGCUGGCCUUGGAGAGGUCUGGUCAGCUCAGACACUCUGUGCGUACAUGAGCUCCACUGGUGCGCGAAGCGAGUGGAUUGAUGCACGUGACAUCCUGAUCGUACCUGAUGGCCCCCUCUCCGGACUUGGGGAGAAGGGCACCGCCGUGGACACUAUCGAGCCCUUCUGGGACGAGACUUCACAUCGGCUGCAGAAAUGGUGGGAGAGCACCGUGGGAGAGGCCGACGCCCCCUUCUUGGUGAUCACCGGCUUCGUGUGCAGCACAGUGCAGGGGCGACCGACUACACUCAAGCGCAGUGGUUCAGACUACUCUGCCACCAUUUUUGCGAAGGUUUUGGAUUCCUCCAACGUAACAUUUUGGAAGAACGUGAGUGGCGUCUAUACGGCGGAUCCGCGCGCAGUGCCAGAAGCUUUCCCGAUCAACUCCAUGACUUUCGACGAAGCCAUGGAGCUUGCCUACUUCGGCGGUCAGGUGCUCCACCCAUCGGCAAUGGUCCCCUGCAUCGAGAAUCGUAUCCCUGUGCUGGUGAAGAAUGUCUUCGACCCGGCGCACCCUGGGACGCGCGUCUAUGGCCGUGGCGAUGCUGUACUCCGCUGGGAUGACCAGUCGGACGAGGACUCUGCCGAUCAGAUGCCUGUGAAGGCAAUCACGUCCAUCGAGAAGGUGAGCCUCAUCACAAUUGCCGGGACGUCGUUCAUGGGCACGCAUGGGGUAGCGAAGCGAUUUAUGGAGGCCUUGUCCAAUGUGGGCGUCAACGUGAUCUUGACUUCUCAGGGCUCAUCUGAGCACUCGAUCACUGUCGCCGUGGCAGACACAGACGGCAAGAUGGCAAUGCGGGCAGUCGAGUCUGCGUUCCAGUUUGAGAUUCAGCAGGUGGGCUCCGAAACCCGGGUGACGAUGAUGGAGGGCCUGAGCAUUCUCGCGGUGAUUGGAGAGGGAAUGAAGAACUCCACUGGAAUCUCCGGGCGCUUCUUCAACGCCCUGGGGCGGUCAAAGGUGAACAUUGUGGCCAUCGCGCAGGGCUCCUCCGAAAGAAACAUUUCUGCCGUGGUCAGUCGGGAAGACCUUUCCCUUGCAUUGCGGGCCACGCACGACGCGUUUUUGAUGAAGGAGUCGACGAUCUCCGUCAGCGUCGUGGGCGGUGGCGAGAUUGGCACGGCCUUUGUGAACCAGCUGGUGCGAUGGCAGACAGAGGAAGGCAGGGACUUUACCCUUCCCUCCCUGAGGGAGGUCCAGUACAUCAACAUCGACCUCCGAUCAUUCUGUGACUCAAACAAGAUGCUUCUUGCACAAAACGGGCUGCCCUUGAUCAAGCUCCAGGACAGCAUCACAAAUGGAGUCUUCAACCUAAAAGAGAUUGCCGACGAGUGGGAGAAAGCAGGCAAAGCGGUGAGCGAAGCCUUGACGGACGGAGUCGAGAUGGUGGACACGGACUUGGACCACUUCGUCCAGUUCACGGAGUCUAAGGAGUACCCUCACAAGGUGAUCGUUGAUUGCAGCAGCUCCGCAGACAUUGCCGCCAAGUAUCCCGAGUGGCUGCAGCGGGGCUUCCAUGUGAUCACCCCGAACAGAUCUGCCUUGAUCGGCUCUUACAAGCAAUACCAGGAUUGCUUGCAGUACGUUGGGAAGGACUCUCAGACUUGCGCUUGCUGCUUUGCCCUGACUGCGCCCUUUCGCCAGAUCCAUUCCGACUCCUACAGCUACCUCCUGUGUCAGCUGGCACGCGUGAUAAGAUCCGGCCUUGACACCGAUAUCUGUGGCCACGCUCCAUCCCGCGGUCCAAAGACUGAACAAUUCUGCCUGGUCAACCGGACACAGCUGCAUUCCAUCGAGCCUGCUAUCCUCAACUUCUGUGGGUGCAAUGAGUAG